AUGAAGCAUAUGUUCAAGAGAUACAACGUAUUAUUGAAACAACAUCCAUUUACCACAAAUGCAAUCACCACAGGGAUAUUACUUGGAACUGGAGAUGCCCUUGCCCAAUUUUUGUUUCCCCAACAGCCAGAUCAACCAUUUGAUUAUUAUCGUAACUUACGAGCAAUAUUCUAUGGAUCAUUGAUUUUUGCCCCUAUUGGAGAUAAAUGGUAUAAAUUGUUAAACACCAAGAUUGUUUGGCCAGGUGGUGGUAAGAAUGAACGUACCAAAUCCACCAUUCUACGAGUCAUGGCUGAUCAAUUGAUCUUUGCACCAUUCAUUGGAAUCCCUUUAUACUAUAGUUCAAUGACUAUAUUGGAGAAUAGACAACCAUUUAUGGAGAAUAUUGCGACCAAGUUUGAGACAAGUUGGUGGACCACAUUAAAAGGGAAUUGGUUGGUGUGGCCAAUCUUUCAAUUUGCUAAUUUCUAUUUAAUACCUGUUGAGUUUAGAUUAAUGGCUGUUAAUGUGAUAAGUAUCGGAUGGAAUACCUAUUUGAGUUAUGUAAUGCAUAACACGAAGUAA